ACUCCUCAUUCUACAUAAAUAUAAAAUCAUACCAAAUGCUCCCUUAUCUAAACAUACUAACGAAGAUGAGAAUCACAGUAACGUUCAAUGAUCACCUGCGACCAGACGAUACCUAUCAAAACAACCACAUAACAAUAAUUUUUCUCAACGUUGUGCCGUUUAGUUUAAUUUAACCUUAUUAUAAUAGAACAUCUUUAUUGUUAUUGCACAAGUAUAAUGAGCCAAUUGUAUACAUAACCGGGGAAGUUUAAUAAAACAACCCGUAGACAGAGUAUAGCCUGUAACGUUGUUUGACUAAUAGAGGCGUGGCGUUUGCUUUACCUAAUGAGAUGGUAACAGUGAGCUCGCCAGCAUCUUAAUCAAUCCCUGAUCGCAUGUAUGGAGGGGUCCCUGAAAUAAGCCGACCGAUCUGUGUUGAUUGCUUUAGCCUUUGAAAAUUGAAUCUCAUCUUUUUCUCUAUCGGAAACUGGGAAUGACAUUCGUAUAGGUACAGAGGAUUGCAACGGAGCGAUUCUAUGGGCCUAUGGGGAUUGACCGCAUCCACAGACUGUAUAAAUUGCAGGGAGAUCUUUGUCGGCGUACAGCGGUAUUUCAUUUCCGUCCGUGCAAGGAUAAUGAUCGGUAUAUGCGGAAGCCCCGGAUCAUGACAUGACAGGUGGCGCGGACCCUGUUGCCAUGGGAGACUGAAUGGCUGUCAAGCUCGUGCGUAAGCUUCCUGGUCGCGGUCCCUAUGCUGAGCCAGGAGGACCAGAUGGCAAAUGGCGAGGACUCACUUGCUGCCCGUGUCUUCCCAGUGUUGUAUUACUUCUGGUUAGGAUUGGACUAUUUUUUUCCUCAACUGUGACUUGGAUUCCCCCACUUUGCUUCACUUGACUGAACAUGGUGGGUGCCUGGUCCAGUGGGUAGAGCUUCACUUCUCAAAAGCUGCUUCAGCACAAGGCUAGGAGCCCUCAGCUGGAGCCGCCAUGACCAGCCGCAGUCGCGGUCGCGCCGAAGGGGCGGGGCCUACGCGCAGGCUGCAGGUCCAGCGCUCGCAGUCCCGGGACAUGAUCACCAUCCAUUUUUCAGCCGUUGCCGCAGAGGAUGGUGAGGAGGAAGAGGAGCUGUACAACCCGGCUUCACUGUCUUUUUCCUCCCGCAAACCGGAACAAGAUCGGCGCAGAGUCCAACCGGUGGAAUCCAGCGAUGAGCUGCUGUUUGAAGGUGUUGACCUGCUAGCUAUGGAAGUGACCCCAGCUUCUGGUGGAGCCAUAUCACAUGUACAAGGUCCUCAGCUCUCAUCAAUGCCUGUCAGCAGCCCCAACCCAUCCAUCUCCGCCUCUUCCACCUCUGCAGCUCCCAGCUCCUCCACCGAUCACAACCCCCCCUUGUCAGGUCCCUCCUCCUCCAGGUCAGCCACCAUUUCUUCCAAACCCUUCCUGAGUCUAGUACGGUCACUGUCCACAGAGACAGAAGCCACACCGCCUACCAAACUCCACCGGCAGUUGGUGAAGUCUCUGGUAAAAUCCCUUUCUAUGGACACAUCCGAGGAAGAGCCAGAACCUUCGACCUCGAACCAAACCAACACUGACUCUAGAACCGCCCCCUGUUCCCCGCUGCCCUCCUCACAAGAGGUAGAGAUGUGCCUUGACGAUUCUCGACGGUGGCUGUCAGAGGUCACAUGUGAGCCCCUCCAGCUGUUCAACAGGUUUAGGGUGGACGAAGGCCGCACCGUGAACAUCUCCAGCAGGCCAAGGUCUCUGUCCUCCAGCAUACAGGAGCUCAGCUUCAACGGCCAUAUGGAGACCAACUACAUCCAGAAGGACCAGGAUACCAUGGAUACCCAGGGGAAACUGGCACUGGUUCUGGACAGCUGCUCCAUGUCCGCCCUGGCCCGACAGCAGUUUCAGGAACUCCGACAGCUUUACAGCCAUGAUACAGAGAUGAAUGCUGGGGUUGAUGCCGAGUUGGACAGGGAGCGGUGCAAGAAUGCAGCCCAGGGGACAGACCGCAGCCUCCUUUAUAACAAGAGGAAGGAAAAAUGGGAGGAGAAGGACCACAUUGAGGAGGAAGGAGAGGAAACGGUGUCUCGAGUCCCCCACAGGCCGCUACUUGGUCUUGCCAUGCUGGUCUAUGGAUGCCUAGUCUUGCCCCUGCCGCCAUAUUUUGGGGGAGUCCUGUUGGGCGUGGCCGCUGGCUUCAUUCUGGCGACGUUCAUGGUCUGGCUGGCCGCCCCCGGUCAUUCUCGAGGCCAAAGGCGGAACGAGGGCCUGUGGAAGACGGCUCCCCUAGAUAUCCAGGAGCCAGGCAUCUUCAAGGGCUGGAUGAACGAGAUCCACAACUACGACCCUGAGACCUACCACGCCACCUUAACGCACUCGGUGUUUGUGCGCCUUGAGGGCUGCACGCUUCGCCUGUCCAAGCCCAACCGCAACGUCGCCCGGAGAGCCACAUUCAAUGAGCCCAAGCCUGACGUCACCUACAUCAGCCAGAAAAUUUAUGACCUGACCGAUAGCAAGAUAUACCUGAUGCCACAGAAUUUGGCCAGGAAGCGGGUAUGGAACAAGAAGUACCCCAUCUGUGUGGAGCUCGCCAGGCAGGAUGGCUUGAUGUCUAAGGCUCAGGUUGACGAGCUGGGGCCAGCGGACGCUGACAGGAGCACUGGAGAGAACAUCUUGUACCUUUUCGGCAGGACGGGCAGAGAGAAGGAGGAGUGGUUCCGUAGGAUCUUGUUGGCAUCUCACCUCAAAACGGAAGCCAAGAAGCUGGCGGGUCUUUCCAUGCAUAAGAGCACUGCCCAGCCUGCCCACAAUCACAGCACCAGCCAGCCUGUGGUGCUGUCUCACAGCCGCACCAGCAGCCGCAGCAGCCUCGAUGAGGUUCUGGUCUUGCAGCCUGUGCAGAAGGAGCUGACGGGUGGACUGAAGCAGAAGGCAUUGCUGGAUUACAGCAUCUACAUGGCCCAAUACAUACCCUCUCCUCCCGGCAGCCCCACCUCCAGCUCCAAUCAUAGCGAAGAGAGCAGCCCUGGAACCAAAAAGAAGCUGCCAAGCAGCCCAAGGGAAGAGGGUGAGCCAGUGGCCUGGGUCAAUGCCUUUCUGGGUCGGGCUCUCUGGGACUUCCUGAGGGAGAGACACUGGGUCGACGCAGUGUCCCGGAAAAUCCAGAUGAAACUCAGUAAAAUCAGGCUACCGUACUUCAUGAAUGAGCUCACACUGACGGAGCUGGACAUGGGAAUCUCAAUCCCCAAAAUCUUACAAGCGUCUAAACCCACUGUGGACCACCAAGGUUUGUGGUUUGAUCUGGAGAUAUCUUACAAUGGCUCUUUCCUGAUGACCCUGGAGACCAAGAUGAACCUGGCCAGACUGGGGAAGGAUGCAGAGGGGUUAAGGUUCGGAGAGUCGGGCAAAGACGGUCCCAGGCCUCGGACGUACUGCCUCGCCGACAGCGACGAGGAAUCCUCCAGUGCCGGCUCAUCCGAUGAAGAGGAUCCCCCAGAAAUUCCUGCCGACAAAAGUCUACUGCCCGGGGCAGAAGGGUAUGUUGGAGGACACAGGUCAAGUAAAAUCGUGCGUUUUGUGGACAAGAUUGCCAAGUCCAAGUACUUUCAGAAGGCUACAGAAACUGAGUUCAUCAAAAAGAAGAUGGAGGAGGUGUCAAACACCCCAUUGCUGCUAACUGUCGAGCUGCAGGAGCUCCAGGGAACACUGGCUGUCAACAUUCCCCCACCCCCUACAGACAGAAUUUGGUAUGGCUUCAGAACUCCACCGCACUUGGUGCUGAAGGCCCGACCCAAGCUGGGAGAGCGGGAGGUCACACUGGCCCAUGUGACGGACUGGAUUGAGAAGAAGCUGGAUCAGGAGUUUCAGAAAAUAUUUGUUAUGCCAAAUAUGGAUGAUGUGUGGCUUCCCAUCAUGCACUCUGCCAUGGACACCCGUUCCAACGUUAACUUGAUCGCCGGAAAUGCAGCCGACUCGAAGGAGACAGAUGCCAAGGAGGCAGAGACGUCGGCUGCAUGCAUGGACUAGCUGUCACCAACAAUGUUAGGUAACAGGGAGGUCGAAGAACACGACCCCCCCCCCCCCUUUUCCCACUGUGUAUGAAAAACAAUAGCUUGCUGCUUUGUUAGCUUCUCAAUAUGACAGACAUGUUAUUGAUGCUAAUGAAGGAGAAACACCAUCAAACUACAGAUCAAGAAGAGAAAAAAUAUAUAUGGCCAACUAGCAAUCUUAAUGCAUUCACCUGUCACCUUACGUCCUUUAUGAAGCUAUGAAGGCCACUGUGCACUUUCCCUCAAAUGGACCUUACAUUUUGGGAAGUGAGCAAAUAGGAGUGAAAAGUUUGAUUGUAGAGUAUAAGCGUACGUCAGGGACCUUAAGUGAGACAGGAGAGAGGCGUCAAGCUGCACGGAAUGUCCCAGAGUAUCACCUCACUUAGGCAGCUGGUCAGUGUCCUCAAUGUGUUCUGAAAUUGUCGUAUCUUUUAUUGAUGCCACACACUACAGUUGAGAGUGGUUAUUUUGUGCCAUAAAGUAGGAUCUCCUGUUCAUUUGUGUGUGUGAAUGUUUGCAUAAGCUUUAGUGAAAGGUUCCCCCAUCCCAGUCCUGGAGGGCUAGUCCGCGACACAGUUUGCAGAUUUCCCUGCUCAAACACGCCUACUAAACCUGGCAUUUGGCUGGUGAGCCGAGAAAGGUGUGUUUGAGCAGGGAAACCUGCAAACUAAGUUGCAGACUGGCCCUCCAGUACUGGAACUGGGAAACCCUGCUUUAGUGUUAUGCUUAAACAUGCAGGAGAGGUGGUCGCUAUAUUUAGAUCACAUCUGUCUGUCUCCGCAGCACUGACUGAGCCACUCCAAUGCAGAAAUUACAUCGAUGUCACUGUAUCCAUCAAAAUAGCCAAUCAGAAGCCUGUCCACUCAACCGCUUCAUUUGCACUGAAGCGAGCAGCCUUACUGCACGCGUCUGCGUUCAAACAUACCAAUGCUGGGUUUUAAUACACCACAUGAAUUCGCAGAAAAAAAGCAAUUUAAGAAUCACAAAUAUGUAUGUCUAAAAUGUCUUUGACCUAUGAGCUUUUUUUGUUUGUUGUAAAAUAAUCCUGAUGCCAAUUUAUUUUUAUGAAGCCAUUUCUUAAAUAGCAUAAGCUACAGAGUGCAUAUGCAAAUUACUGAUGUGGGAGAACCGAGAAUUGCAAGAUCGGCAGAUAUAUGUUUUAAAUAGUUUACAUUAGUGUGACAUACAAAGAUUGUAUAUUGGCAAUACUCUGGUCAAAACUGUGGGUUAAUAUCCCAUAAUACAGUUCUGUCUAGAAUACAGUGUUGCCAUGACAUUAUUUUCAUAUGGGUACAUUAUUUAUUGAUUUAAUGUAAUAAAAUAUUCUACUUUAAAAUGGUUAAAUACCACUGUGUGCAAACCUUCAAAACGAGGCAUUAUUGGGCUAGUGGUUUCCCAUUUAAUGUCAAAAGAUUGAAUGUAGACAAUGCUACACUGCAUCACUGGGCUUACAUUUUUGCUGCACCUCAAAGCUCAGUACAGAUGUCUUAUCUCCUUCCUCAGAGUAAUAGGUAUAAUUUUGUACCUUAAACUGCAGAACUAUAUUAAGCAAUGCUAUUGGGCGUAAUUUUUUUCAUGUUAAUUACAUCAUAAGUGUAACCCCUCCUUUUUUUUUAACAAUAAAUGGCACAACUGUCUUUCUCCCUCUAGAUCAGUGUUUCCCAAUCCGGUCCUCAGAGACCCUCAGAUGGUCCACGUUUUUGCUCCCUCCCAACUCCAGGCAAAGAACUGGGAAGGAACAAAAAAUGUAGACUGUCUGGCAUGGAGCUGGGAGAGAGCGAAAACGUGGACCAACUGUGGGUCCCUGAGGACUGGGGAGCACUGCUAGAGAAUUUUUGAACGAGCCAUAUUGAAGUGUAUAAAUUAAAUUAUUUCAAAGCA